UAAAAUCUUUGUGAGAUUUUAAUCGGGGGGAUCAUGGCUUCCUCUCCUGAAAGCACAAAUCUUGUUCAAAAUCAAGAUCACCAGAGUGAUGAGCAGAAGCUCUUCAAACCCUCACCCAAUCCUCCUCCUCAUACACUCCCUACUUCUUCUUCAACAUUUCCUUCUCCUUCUGGAAAUUUGAAUUCCUCCCCAUCUUUUCCUACACCUGCUCCUACUUCAUCUACUCCUUAUCGCAUGCCUUCAUCCUCAUAUCCUCCACCCACUGGCCCUUCUUACCCUUUCCACCCUGACUUCCUCCCUUACGCACCUUCCCUACUCGACCAUUUCCAGCACCAGUAUCAGAACCAGCAGCAGCACCAGCUUCUUCCCAAUAGUGCAUAUUUGAUGGCUCUCUUGACAACCGAAAGUCCUCCUUCCUCCCCCUCCAACUCUAAUAAUGAUCUUGAUUUCCCUCAGCUUUCUAUGCCCGCGUCUUCACCUUCGCCUUCGAACAGUAUCCCUUCCGUACCACCUCCCACCCAGUUACUCAGCACCAAACUCCCCAAGGGACGCCAUUUGAUCGGUGACCGUGUUGUUUACGACAUCGAUGCCAGCCUGCAAGGCGAAGUGCAGCCCCAGCUUGCAGUCACUCCCAUCACCAAGUACGGCUCCGAUCCCAGCCUAGUUCUUGGCCGUCAGAUUGCUGUCAAUAGAUCUUACAUAUGUUAUGGUCUCAAGCUGGGUAAUAUACGCGUCCUUAACAUAAAUACUGCGUCAAGAUCUUUGCUUCGUGGCCACACACAGAGAGUAACUGAUAUGGCUUUCUUCGCCGAGGAUGUUCACCUUUUGGCCAGUGCUGGUGUAGAUGGACGAGUUUUCGUAUGGAAGAUCGAUGAAGGCCCAGAUGAGGAAAACAAACCUCAAAUUACAGGCAAAAUUGUCAUUGCUAUCCAUAUAGAAGUAGGAGGGGAAUCGGUCCACCCACGAGUGUGUUGGCAUCCUCACAAACAAGAAAUUUUGAUGGUUGCUAUUGGAUGUUAUAUCCUUAAAAUUGACAACACAAAAGUUGGAAAGGGGGAAGUAUUUUCGGCAAAGAAACCUCUUAAAUGCUCCAUUGAUGAACUAAUUGAUGGGAUCCAAUUGGUUGGUAAACAUGAUCAUGAAGUUACAGAGUUGUCAAUGUGCCAAUGGAUAACAAGCCACUUAGCUUCAGCAUCGAUUGAUGGCUCGGUGAAGAUUUGGGCAGACCUCAAGGCACUACCACUUGCAAUAUUCAGGCCCCAUGAUAGCAAUCCUGUGCAUUCUGUGACUUUCUUGACUGCCCCUCACCGUCCUGAUCACAUUGUUCUUAUUACAGCGGGGCCACUGAAUCAGGAAGUGAAAAUAUGGACCUCUGCGGGUGAGGAGGGCUGGUUGUUGCCUAGUGAUACUGAAUCAUGGAAGUGUACUCAAACUUUGGACAUAAAGAGUUCUUCUGAACCCAAGAUUGAGGAUGCAUUCUUUAAUCAAGUCAUAUCGUUGCCCCGUGCAGGCCUUUUAUUACUUGCAAAUGCCAAGAAGAAUGCUAUAUAUGCUGUACACAUAGAAUAUGGACCUAAUCCAGCUGCAACCCGCAUGGAUUAUAUUUCCGAGUUUACGGUCACGAUGCCUAUCUUGAGUCUUACUGGAACUAGUGACAGUUUACCAGAUGGAGAACAUAUUGUCCAGGUCUACUGCAUCCAAACACAAGCCAUUCAGCAAUAUGCACUUUACCUAUCUCAGUGCCUGCCACCACCCCUAGACAAUGUGGAGUUGGAGAAAUCUGACUCCACUGUUUCUCGUGUAUUUGAUGGUGCUGAUGGUUCUGCUUCUUCCAAAGCACCUCAUGGAUGUAAACCGACUGAGAUAUCUAUUGUUAAUGCAACUCCUAUGCCACCUAUUCUUUCGAGCAACGCUGAAAUUGGCCCAGUAGUGAGCCUUCCUGCAAACUUGGCUUCUUCUGAGGUUACUAGCUCGCUGGAAGUUGCUCUUUCUGGUGUGGAAACAAUACCAAGUGAUUUUCCUUCUCAUGUUACAGCAGAAAAUAUCCAAACUAUAUUACCUCCCCUUCCUUUGAGUCCAAGCUUAAGUCGCAAUUUAUCUGGUUUUAGAAGCCCGUUAAAUAGCAAUGAGACUAAUCCGCCUCUCACUGAUCAUGGUGAUAACCAGUUAGCUCCUGAAUCAUCUGAUCGGAGAAUGGACUUUGUCAAAGAUAGCAUGGCUGAUGUGCCUAGCUCAGAUAAAAAUUUGAAGAAGGGUGAUAAUAGUACUGCACCAAGUGAUACUUCUAUGGUUCCCAAUCCUCCUAUAGUCUUUAAACAGCCAACGCAUCUGAUAACUCCAUCAGAGCUAUUAUCUACAGUUUCUUCAUCGUUUGAGAAUACCCAAAUUAGUCAAGUUGUGAAUGUGGUAGAGGCAAAGGUUCAAGAUGUGGCAGUAAACAAUGAUGCAAAAAGUCCUGAAGCAGAGGUUAAAGUCAUUGGUGAGACAGGAACCAGUCAAAGUAAUGAGUUUGAUAAUGAUGUCAGUAUUACUAAGGCACCAAACCAACCUCCUAACACUUCUGUGGAAGAAGUUCAAAACACGAUGAAAGAUGUACCCACAAAGGUUGGCGAAUCAGAAACUCCCGUUGCAGUUUUGCCAUCUCCUGCACCAGCUCCGAAAGGAAAGAGACAAAAGGGUAAAAAUGCUCAAGUGUCUGGUUCAUCUUUCCCUUCUCCAAGUCCUUUUAACUCCACAGAUUCAUCAAAUGAACCAGGUGGCAGUUCAGGUGCCCCAUCUAUAGAAGCUGCUUUGCCUCAGUUAUUGGCUAUGCAGGCAGUGCUUGAUCAGUUAAUGAGCACACAAAUGGAAAUGAAGAAGCAGAUGAAUGUGAUUGUUUCUGGCUCAUUUUCGAAAGAAGGUAAAAGACUAGAGGGAUCCUUGGGCCGGAGCAUGGAGAAAGUUAUCAGGGCUAACACUGAUGCUUUGUGUGCUCGUUUCCAAGAGGAAAACACGAAGCAGGAGAAGUUAGAACACGACCGUAUGCAGCAAAUAACAAACCUGAUCACAAAUCAUUUGAACAAGGACUUGCCAGCUGUGCUUGAGAAAACUUUAAAGCAGGAAAUAGCUUUAAUUGGACCAGCUGUAGCUCGUGAAAUUACUCCAAUAGUGGAGAAAACGGUGUCAUCGUCUAUUAUGGACUCAUUCCAGAAAGGAGUAGGAGAUGAGGCGGUGAACCAACUAGAGAAGUCAGUUAGUUCAAAACUCGAAGGUACGGUGACUAGGCAAAUUCAAGCACAGUUUCAAAUUUCAGGGAAGCAAAUUCUUCAGGAUGCAUUAAGGUCUAGCUUGGAAGCUUCAAUCAUUCCUGCAUUUGAGAUUUCAUGCAAAGCUAUGUUUGAGCAAGUUGAUAUCACACUCCAGAAGGUGCUUGGCAAACACACAACUGCUGCUGAGCAGCAGUUUGAGGCUACACAUUCUCCACUUGCCAUUGCUCUAAGGGAUGCAAUUAAUUCAGCAUCAGUAAUCACUCAAACAUUGAGUGGAGAAUUGGCUGACGGCCAACGUCAGUUAUUAGCCAUUGCAGCGGCAGGUGCCAACUCAAAAGCAGUAAAUCCCUCGGUAACACAAUUGAGAACUGGGCCAUUGGCUCUUCUCGAGAUGGGUGAGGCACCUUUGGAUCCAACUAAAGAACUGUCUAGAUUGAUAGCUGAGUGUAAAUUUGAAGAAGCAUUCACCGGAGCCCUUCACAGAAGGGAUGUCUCGAUAGUUUCGUGGUUAUGUUCUCAGGUUGAUUUACAAAGAAUUUUGUCAACGGUGCCACUCCCUUUGAGCCAAGGAGUUCUGCUAGCUCUUCUCCAACAACUGUCUUAUGAUAUUGGCAACGAAACACCCAGAAAGCUGACAUGGAUGACAGAUAUAGCUCUUACCAUAAACCCAGCAGAUCCAGCGAUUACAGUGCAUGUGCAUCCCAUUUUUGAGCAGGUAUACCAGAUACUGGGUCAUCGUCGGAACCUACCAACCACCUCUGCUUCAGAAGCAAGCAGCAUCCGCCUUCUUAUGCAUGUCAUCAACUCUGUGUUAAUGAGUAAAUGAUUCUCCCGACCUUGUCUCUAUAAUCCUUGCAAAGUUGUAUGUGGAAACAUUGGGUUGUACAGAAAGGCCCCGGAUAGAAAGUAUAGCUUCUUUAAUAAGAUGGUAUCUUGAUUACCUGUGUGAAAUAGAUCUUUUGCAGCUUUCUUUUGCUCUUUUGAACAGAAACUGCACAUUUUUUCUGUUCUCUUCUUGGUGGUGGUGAUUUUUUUUUUAUUUUUUUCCUUUUGUUCUAACCUUGAACUUUCGGCGAACGCCUGUUUUCAAUUUGCUGGCAAAUUGUGCCUGGAUGAGUGGAUGUGGGGCAGAUGUUAUU